AUGUCAUCAAACAAAGAUAAAAAUAAUUCAACAAAUUCCUCACAGGAACAAAACAAUAGAUUUGGAAAACAAAUUUCUCAAACAUUGACUACCAACCAACAAGAACAUUCAGUAACAGAAGGUCCAGGCGUUUUGAAUUAUUGGAAUAAGAAUAAAAAUGAACUAGAAAAAAGAUACGGUUCACUACAAUUAGCUAGAUUAAAUCCAAAAAAACGCAUGCCUCGUUAUUAUUCUGUUAAUCAACAUCAAACAUUAUUAGUUAUACUUCAAGGUGAUAUUGUACAAACAAAAGUCGAUGCUAUCGUUAACGCUGCGAAUGAAGGUAUGACUGGUGGUGCUGGAGUUGAUGGAAUAAUUCAUAGAGCUGCUGGACGCGACCUUUAUAAUGCUUGCAAAGCUCAUAAACAAGUUGAAAGGGGUGUUCGUUUACCAACUGGACAUUCACGUAUUCUACUAAGUUAUAACAUGUCAGCGACGACAUAUUAUAUUAUUAAUACAGCUGGUCCUGUAUAUGACAAAUAUCAAGCAGAAGCAUGUGCCGAGGAAUUGUCUUCGUGUUACAAAACGGCACUUCAGUUAGCUAGUUUGUACGAUCUUGAAUCAAUAGGUUUUACUGCUAUUAGUUGUGGUAUCUUUGGUUAUCCAGCAAAUGAUGGUGCUGAAGUUGCCCUUCGAUCAGUCUAUACAAACGCUGGUUCAAUGCCAGUGGUUGUGUUUGUCCUAUGGGAUGAUCAUAUAUAUGACGCUUGGAUUAAAAAAGCUGAAGAAUUGGAAUUCACACCUUUCGAUCCAGAAUCGGCUGCAAUUAAAAAUUGCACUGAACCCUCGACUAAUAAUGAAGAGAAAUCGCAAACCAGUGAACAAUCAAAUCAAGAGAAUGACAAACAAGAAUCACAAACAACAUUCAACCCACAUCUUAAAGAUGAUUCAACUUCGAAUGAAACAGAAAACAAACCUGAAGAGUCAAAUCAAAAUCUAGUCACAAGUGUACCACCCGUGUCAGAUGAACCAUCUGAUAGUCAAAGAACAGAAAUUUUAGAAUCCGAUGACAAUCCUAUGGAUGUCGAUCAAAAUUUACCCACUCAAACAACUGUGCGAAUGGAUAGUGUUGAUACAAGACAACACAACAAUUUAACAACAACUAAUGUGUCUGAACAACAAUCAAGUCACGAUGAAACUACAAAAUCUGAUAAUGAAAAUGUAACAAUUGAUGAUAAAUCUCAUAAAUCAAUAGUUCAGAAAGAAACAGAGAAGACUGAUGCUCAAAGUGCAAAGACUGAGACAACACACGAUGAACAUCAUUAA